AUGGCUCCACGCAAGACAAUUCUCCUACUCACCGUCGCCCUCAUGGCAACCAUGACCUUCCAAUCCGCCAACGCCGCCCCUGUCGACUCGUCCUCCGUCUCGACCGACCGGGCCCUGGGUCUCAUUAAGCGCUGGGACGAUUGUGACGAUGAUGACUGCUGCUCGGACGAUGAUGAUGAUUGCUGCUCGGACGAUGACGAUGACUGCUGCGACGACGACCGUCGCCGUGUCAGGGUCAUCCGCGUCCCCCGCCCCUUCAGCGUCCCUCAACCCUUCCCGGUCCCUGCUCCCGUUCCUUUUCCGGCCCCUGUCCCUGCUCCUGUUCCCUUUGAUGCACCUUUGCCUCUUGGUGGCGGUCCUGUUUUUGGAGGUCCUGGUUUCGGUGGACUUGGUUUUGGUGGACCCGGUUUCGGUGGACCUGGUUUUGGUGGACCUGGUUUUGGUGGACCUAUCGGCCCUGGUUUCGGUGUUCCAGGUGCCUUUGGCGGUCCUUUCUAA